CUUUUUCUUCUUCCUCUUCAAUCAUUGUCGCAUCAAUCGCCACAAUCUAUCUGAAGCGCCGGCGGCCUUUACACAAUUCUAUGACUUUGUCGCCGCCGCUUGGCCUAGUCUCGCAGCUGUGAUAACAUCUCCGACCGAUCGAUCGCCCUUCUUUCAGCUCUGGUUCAAUCAUCUACACCUUCAAGAUGGAAUUUAUUGCGCAGUCGCCCGCCUCCGUUCUCCCAAGAAUCACAGGCUCUUAGCUAUCACCACCGGAUGCAGCCGACAGCCGAUUUUACACGCAUAUCCAUCUUAUCUGAUAAGCUUGUGGUUGGCCGACGGCUCAUGGCCGAGCACAACCUCAGUAUGCAUAUCUGCUAGCAAACUGUGGCGUACAAUGCAUGCACCCAAGAGAUAAACUUGAACGAGUUGGGUGGUUGAAUUCCGACGGUCACUCCAAAUUGGUGCCAUCUUUUACAGAGAGUCAUCCGAUUUCGCAAACUGAUUAUUUAUCAGCCCGUGGUUUGAAGCUCAGAAUGAUGUCCAGACAAAGCUCAGCUGGUGCUGUCCCUACCCAUGCUGGGUUUAUCGUCACAAUCCUGGCCAUGAUACACAGCCGAAGUCGCCUAUUCCGUGGCGAUGGGUGACAACCCCAGGCGAUGCUUCGGGGAUGCGCCGAUGCGCUAUCUCAUCCCUCUCGAUUCGAACCCAGCCCAAUGGUCGCGACAGGCCGUACUCCUUCUGUUCGUCCCCCACGUAGGUGCACCACCAAUACCGGUUCCCCGACCGGCCGGUCUAAUAACAUGCCAACUUUAUUUCUACCUCCCCAUCGUGGAAUCUGAGGUUGCAUAUUUAAAGGAGCGGCUGUGCACGAUCAUGUCACCAGUAUCAAGCUUCAGAUUAGCAUCGCAUGUUUUUCUUAGCUGACCUUGUCUUUUGAUCUGCAUCUCAUCUCACCUCGCUUGGGGCUCUUGGACUCGGACCCGCAGACACCCACCCGCUGCCCCAUCUCUAGCAAUUUGUCAAGCAUCUGGGGAAUAAGAAGUCCUGAUAAGCUAUCUCUGGAUCCACGAGUUAUCAGUUACAAGUCUUGGGCCACUAAGCUUAAAAAAUAACUCUAGGCACUCCCGAAAACGGCCUCGCGUGCUCGCCAAUCACUUCUAUUAUACGGAGAGGAAUUAGAAGUAUAAACCUUCAUAUUGCCCAUAUCAACUUUCAGUGUUGGAGCCUUUCAAAGCCUUCGUCAAUAUUUAUUCAACAUUGACAUUCCAAGUCUGUCGUUGAGUUGAUCGACACGAAGAUUCCUCUUUCGCUUGGACCCCUCAACGAUCAACGCCAUCGACACCAAAGCCAUUCCAGCGUUGGCCUAUUUCUCGUUUCUUUACACAACUCCAUCUAACUGCUUCAACAAUGGAUGAGGAUCAAGGGCCACGGUCGAUUGCCCCCGAGCAUGCGCCACCGAAAACAUUUGCUCAGCGUUGCAAUGGCCUCAAGAAGGCAUUCACUACCAGGCACGGCCUGAUUGGCGAUUAUGACUAUGCCUUUCUCUUUCGCCCAAACCUGCCCUUCAUGAAGAAGAGCGUUAACCCAAGUCCCUUCUUUGGUCUCAAUGACAAGAUGCCAGUUUUUCUGGGCUUGCUGCUCGGCUUUCAACAUGCAUUGGCCAUGUUAGCAGGUGUGAUUACACCACCGAUCAUCAUCAGCGGCAGCGCCAAUUUGCUACCUGAGCAACAACAAUACCUCGUCUCAACCGCUCUCAUCGUUUCUGGCAUCUUCUCUGCAGUCCAAAUCACUCGAUUCAGGCUUUUUGGUACACAAUACUACCUCGGUACUGGAGUGUUGUCUGUAGUUGGAGUCUCAUUCAGCGUUAUUCCUGUCGCUCAAGGAAGUCUCAAUCAGAUGUACGCCAAUGGCUUCUGUCCUUCAGAUUCUGAUGGAAACCCCUUGCCUUGCCCUCAGGGCUAUGGAGCCAUUCUCGGUACCUCCGCUGUGUGUGCUUUGAUCAACAUCCUCGUCUCCUUCAUCCCCGCAAAGUUCUUGCUGAAGGUCCUGCCGCCGAUCGUCACUGGCCCUACCGUUAUGCUCAUCGGUAUCAAGCUCAUCAAGUCGGGUUUCUCCAACUGGAUGGGUGGCAGUGGAGGAUGCAUGACUGCCACUGACGGCUUGUUUGCUCUUUGCCCCAACAUCAACGCACCUCACCCUCUUCCCUGGGGAUCUGCAGAAUUCCUGGGCUUGGGUUUCUCUGUCUUUGUCGCCAUUAUUCUGUGUGAGCGAUUCGGCUCGCCCAUCAUGAAAUCCACCUCGGUCGUGAUUGGACUACUAGUCGGCUGCAUUAUUGCUGCUGCCUGUGGUUAUUUCGAUCGAUCUGGUAUCGACUCUGCCCCUGUUGCUUCGUUCGCUUGGGUACACACAUUCCCUCUAUCAGUUUACGGGCCACUCGUGCUCCCCCUGAUUGCUGUUUACCUUGUCUGCGCUACCGAGGCUAUUGGCGAUGUCACAGCCACAUGCGACGUUUCCAAGCUCGAGGUGACUGGAAAGACGUAUGAAUCUCGUAUUCAGGGUGGUAUCUUGUCUGAUGGUAUUGCUGGCUGCAUUGGUGCUCUCAUGACCAUGACUCCUAUGUCUGUCUUCGCUCAGAACAACGGUGUCAUUGUCCUCACCAGAUGCGCCAACCGCAAAGCUGGUCUUGCCUGCGCCAUGUUCCUGAUCAUCAUGGGUAUCUUUGCCAAGUUUGCUGCUGCUCUCAUUGCCAUUCCAUCAGCUGUUCUUGGUGGCAUGACAACCUUCCUCUUCAGUGCUGUAGCUGUAUCGGGCAUGUCCAUCAUUGUCCGUGGUGUCCCUUUCACUCGACGCAACCGCUUCAUUCUUACUGCUGGUCUGGCUCUGGGAUAUGGCGCAACGCUUCUACCCAACUACUUUGAUAAGAUCUUCACAUACGAGGGGGACAACCGCUCUCUUCAGGGUUUCCUCGACGCUAUUGUUCUUGUCAUGGAGACUGGUUUUGCAGUCGCUGCCAUCAUCUGUGUGAUCCUCAACCUCACGCUUCCUGAGGAGCUGGAAGAUGACAUUGAUGCAGCCCGCUCAGCGACCAAUGUCGUGAUCCACGAGGAUACAGAGCAACAGAACAAGGCCACCGCAGGCUCGAGUCGGGAGCAUAGUAUCGAUCCUCAGAAGCAGGUUUGAAUGGAUGUAGGGGAAAACGUAUAAAAGUCCAGUAGGGAAUAGGGUUAUGUCUAUGUAUGAUGAAUAUCGGGUUAUUUAAAUUAUGAUUUCUUAUUUGAAGGACCUCGGUCUCUGCAGAUCAAAAGUGAAGUUCAUUAAGCA